AUGUCUCCUCUCGUCGCUCGCGUCGCUCGCUCUGCUGUCGUCCUUCGACCUCUCCCUGCAGCCCAACGAGGACUCCGCACUUCGAGCAUCCUCCGUGAUUCCGAGCCGUACCAGGCGAAGCCGCCCAAGCAGAACCAGAAUCAUAACAAGAUUCUCGUCGCUGGUGCCCUCGCUAUUGGCGGUGGGUUCUGGUGGUUCUACCGAGGGGGUAAGCCCGUCCUCGACGCGUCUGGUGAACCCAAGGCACCUACCAAGUAA